GGACUUUUUGGCUCAGAAGGGUAGGUCUAGGGAGCACACAAGCUGCAGUAGGAUCGUGACGCCAUUGCAACCAGGCGAAACAUGGCAUACACCAUGGACAUGCAGGGGGACACGCCUGGGCUUGUCGUGAGGAACACCUUCCUGGAGUACUCUGGGCGGGACCCAUGCUUUGAUUUUGAAGACAAUCUGCGGAUGGGCAGGAGCAGGGCUUUCUCAGACAUUUCGGACAACAAGUUGCCUUGGAAGGUGCCAAUCUCAAGUGGGGCUGACUCUGCUGGUCUCUUCCAGAUUUCAAGGAAGAGGAUUGCAUCUGAGCAAGAGGAUUUGUUCAUGAGUGGCUUGGACUUUUCUGCUAUGGAGGAGAAUCCUGCAACAAUUCCUCAAGAAGCAGGAUCCCGGGUCCCGCCGCAGUUCCCAAAUCUUCUGAACUUCAGUCCUUGCUCGAGCCUGAUGCCUCAACUUGGCUAUGGAUUGCCUGAUGUGGGAAAUCCAUGGCUCUUUGGGAGUGGUUUGUCUCCAACAUGUGCAAAUUUGCCGCCUUGGAAUCUGUCCAUGUUUCCACCUACCCCACCAAGCCUUGCCGCUGCGGCUGCAUUGUGGAAGGAGCAGGGCAUUCGUCAUGGAAGCUUGAAGAAAGAAACCAGUGAGGUCCGAGCAAAGAAAAAGGUUCCUGAAAAGAAAGGCCAGAAAGAUGGUGCCAGCUUGCCAGUUGGAGUCCAGGCGAAGGCUGACAAAGUCCCGCAGCCAGAGCCAUUGGGCGACCCGACCACUGUGAUGCUUCGCCAUAUCCCAAACAGAUACACUUCUGCGCAGCUGGUUGAGCUGCUUGAUGCCAAAGGCUUCCAGGCCAAAUAUGACUUUGUGUACCUACCCAUCGAUUUCCAGAACAAAGUAAACCUCGGGUAUUGUUUUGUGAAUCUUCUUUCACACGAAUGGGCUCUUCGCUUCAAGCAGGAGUUUGAGGGCUUCACGGAAUGGCUUUUUGAUUCCGUCAAGGCCAGUGAGGUGUCUUGGGCCCAUCCACAUCAAGGUCUGAAUGAGCACAUUGAAAGGUACCGAAACAGUCCUGUGAUGCACCCCAGCAUGCCUUCAGAGUACAAGCCUCUGAUUUUCAGCAACGGCGUCCACGUUCCGUUCCCGGCACCCACCAGGACAAUCAAGGCGCCAAAGGUUCGCACUAAUCGUGAUCGACAAGGAUCCAAGGAGGCAUGAGAUGGUGGUGGACAAUUUUGGUGGCAACGCCCUCAAAGGAUCAGUCACCACUAAUGCAGCUAUGGCAGUGUUCAUCUGAUGCCUAAAGCUUGAGGCCACUCGCUGCCUCUCUAAAAGACAGACAGAGAGAGGGAGUCUGACACCCCCCCGAUGCAAACCAUGA